AUGAGCUACCCCUUCCUCAACCUGCACCCUACAACUCCCCUGCUCUAUAGCCCGUCAGAACCCGGCAUCCCACCCUCCAAGAAGACGACAGAAGAAAGGUUAAAGCCAGAGGGCGGUGCACCCUCCAAUGCCGAACCCAGACUCACACUCUCCCCCCAUACCAAAUCAACGGGGACGAUACAUGACUUCGCCAGACAUGUCAUUACACCCUUCGAUGUGGGCUUCAUGCUCGAUCCUCUCAAGCUCAGCGCGGCUACCCCGUUCCUCUCGCCCGUGCUCCGCGUUCCUGGGCCAAUACGGUACAAGGAAUUUCGAGUCGCCGAUUUUGAGAGCACCGGGGUUGAGCUGCCUGACAGGUACCCGGAGCUUUUGAGCCGUAUCCCGAAUGUCCGCCUUGUUCGUGUUUUGCCCGUCGAAUUCGUAGUCGAGAAGGAAGAUUGUGGUCGCGGCACGGAGUUGAACGCACAAAGGAUUAGGGCAGAUGGACGAGCAGAUCAAAUCCAACCGCUCAUAUCCACAUCGUUGCGGAUCGCGAGUGGAAGCGUCGACAUGGUUACAGCGCGCAGUUUGCAUAAAACAUUCCGACUGGGGCGCCAGGCUCGCGCUUCAGACAUAGAGCGAACCCUUGCUGAGUGUUUCCGUAUACUACGACAGGGAGGAAUCCUAGAGUAUAUCUUCUUCGAACGACGGCUUAGCAACGCUGGGCCGCGCGCCAAAGAGCUAGAGGAAAUAUGGAAUGUCGACGUUGAUGGUGCUUUGUCAAUCAGUCAUUUCAUGGCGGCUCUUGACCAGGCCGGCUUUAUAGGAGGGCAGCAUCUUAGGACGAUUUUUGGGUUGGUUACUCUGAAUCGUUUAUUCGAUGAGCAUGGGAGACGGAGAGGCAAGGGUAUACGAGCCCAAGUAGGCCUGAUGGGUCUGGGGAUGGGGAGUACGAGCUCACCAGGGGCAGAGGGACUGGGAGAAUUGCAGAAGGAGUGUGAGGAAGGAGGGACUGGGUGGAGAUGCGUGAUUGGGUGGUGUAUUAAGCCAUGACCGUC